AUGCCCCUGCGCCAGAAGCUCAUCGAAGAAGGGAAAUUGCUUUGGGGGCUUCUCAAAGAGCCCACCUCCAAGCAAUACAACGGCGAGCUCGUCGACGAAGGCAUACACAUCAAGGAUAUUCAAAAGGGAUUUGUAUCAGGACGUGUCAUUUGCGACUCGCCCGGGUUUGGCGAAUACUGCCCCGACAUGAAGCAGCAACUACAAUGCCAACCAAGAUUAACACGUCCAAGAUCACCACCUCCAGAGAACCAAUGGGACUUGAAUCGACUUCCACAGGCUCCCCCUCGUUGUGCCUGCCGUCAUUGCAUGUCCAACCGAGAACAUCACCCUGAAGAAGUUAUGUUCCAUGAGUUCAAACCCGCCAUCCCUGCCAUCGACGAAACACCCACAACCGACCUCUUCUAUGUCGUCUGCAGCGGACUCAUACCCGGCUUCAUAAUGGCCUCCCGCCGCUGGGGCAUCUUCCAAGUCUCCAAUCUCUCGGAUAUCAAACAGGACAAAGAAGCAUUCAAGUACCUCGUACUAUACGACAAGAUAAAGCGCACCGUCAAAGCCCUGAUCAGCCGCUUUGCCGCCUCCGUCAACAAGAAGCUCUCUCCCUGGGGAAACGACUUUAUCAAGAAUAAAGGCGGAGGCCGCAUCUUCCUCCUCCACGGCCAGCCAGGCGUUGGCAAAACCUCAACGGCAGAAUGCAUUGCCGAGCUCGCCAACCGGCCCCUCAUGGCCCUUACAUCCGGCGACCUGCUCAGCUCUCUCGGCGACGUGGAGAAGAACCUGGCCUACUUCCUCGCGCUGGGCCAGCGCUACGGCGCGCUCGUCCUCCUCGAUGAGGCGGACGUCUACCUGGAGCACCGCACCGCCAGCGACGUUGCCCGCAACGGCCUGGUGUCCAUCUUCCUCCGCGCACUCGAAUACUACCGCGGCGUGUUGUUCCUCGCCACCAACCGGGUGCAGUCUUUCGACGCCGCGUUCCUCAGCCGGAUCCAUGUCGCGCUGCACUACAAGAACCUCAGCAACGAGAACCGGGAGCGCAUCUGGGCACAUAGCUUCGAGAGACUUGUGCGCGAUUCAGACGGGAAGAUUCAUGUUUCUGCAGCGGCGAGAGACUAG